UGCGUAAUACACACACUAAGCUGAAAGAGAAGGUUAAGGAGGCAAUCUUGUGUGUGGAGAAGAGAGCAAUGGCCUCGACUUCUCUCUCCGUACCCGUUCCCACCAGACUCAGACCCUUCAACUCCUCUAACCCUAAUCCCAGAUUCCCAACUUCGUCAGCUUCUUUCAAGUUAUUCGCAUCUUCUCUCAAGCCAUCGACGUCGGUCGAACAUGGGUCCGCCGACCAGUUUCUUCAGAACAAUUCCAUUGCUGAUUUUAUGAGAUUCAAAAAAGGGAUACUUGGAGGGAGCAACGGCGAGUUGCAGACGGCUGUCGUCACUUACAGAAAGAAGUUCCCUUGGUCUCUUCUUCAACCCUUUCGUCAGGUUGAUUUGGUCUCUACGAUUCACAUUGCGGACAAAGAGUACUUUGCAACCCUCCAGAAGGAACUUGAACCCUACGACUGUGUCCUUUACGAGAUGGUGGCCAGUAGAGAGAGUUUAGAGAAUAGAAGAAACCCUGCUGCUACAAAAAGGCUCAAAAGUUCACGUUCACGAGGCUUUAACAUUCUUGGAUGCAUUCAACGACAGAUGGCUCGAGUUCUUAUGCUUGAUUUUCAAUUAGAUUGUCUUGAUUACCAAGCUGAGAAUUGGUACCAUGCUGAUCUUGACUAUGAGACUUUCAAGUUACUUCAGGUUGAGAAAGGUGAGAGUUUCUUCACAUUUGCUAGAGAUAUGACUCUUAAAUCAACAAAAGCCAUGGUGCUGCCUGCUUCAAUUCCAGAAAACCUCGGUUUUUGGAGAUCCAAGCUUCUGUGGGCCUCUCGUGUGUUACCUAUGCCACUUGUUGGCCUUCUCAUUAUUGGAAGUGUUUGUGCGGAUACUGGAACUCAGGCAUCAGAAUAUCCCGAGCUAGAAGCCUUGUCCAGACUUGAUUUUGGUGCAGCAAUGAAGGUCUUUCUGGCAAAGCGACUGACAUCCGAGUUCACACAGGUGACAGCGGAUGUAGAGGAGAAAUCUGUGAUCAUUGGGGAGAGGAACAGAGCUGCAGUGGAGGCACUAAGGAGAGCAAUGGAUGAAGGCCACAACAAAAUCGCUAUACUAUAUGGCGGGGGACACAUGCCAGACCUGGGUAGGCGAUUAAGAGAGGAGUUCGACCUCAUACCGUCCCAGGUGCAGUGGGUAACCGCUUGGUCCAUAAGGAAUCGAUAUUUAAAGAGCAGUUCCCUUCCAUUCCUCAAGGCCAUGGCUGAAGUCUCCGGUUGGCCACUGAACAGGUACCAGACUCUGGCCCUCGCCAUAUUUUCAUCGGUCCUGGCUUUGGAUCUCUGGUUCUGGGAGCUCUUUUUCGGCACGGCUGUGAACUGGGUCUCCCAUCUUGGCUCUCAAGUUGUUCAAUAUGUUGAAAAUUCAAGGCUGAUGUGAUCAUGGCCAUUGCCUUUGUUGGAUGUAACAAAAGAAAAUUGGAAGCAAAUUUGUAUAUGGCAUAUGGCUGUGUAAAUAUUGUGAGCCACUCUCAUUUAAUAACAUAUAGUAAAUUGAUUGGGCCAUUCAAUGCCCACAACAUUGGAUUAUAAAUUUUUAUUUUUUUUAUUUUUCAAA